AUGUCCCAAUGCCACCCAACUUCAUCUCAUGAGGGAGUUCUGAACACAAAAGCAAGAAGAAAUGGUAGCCACCAACUUUUUCCUAUCACAGAGAAGAGACUUGUGGCAGAACACACCCUUUUUCAUCACCAUAGAAAGCUUUUAGAUUCAGAUAAAGAUAAAGAGGAGAAGAAAAAGAAGAAAAAGGAGAAGAAAGAAAAGAAGAAAAAGAAAAAAUCUUCAGCAAACCCAAUGGGUCGAUAUCUUUAUUUUUGUUACGAGAUUCCGCUAGUGAAGAGAGUGGGCAAGUGA